AUGUCUAAAUCACUUUUGUUAUUAGUUGUAUUUGUAGUAGUUAAAAUUGUAAUAGCUGAUCCUUUUGAACAGUUCAGUAGUGCAACCGUUGCAUUCUAUAACUUGGCUGCCAACUCGCCAGAUGCCAUCUCUCAAUACAAGUAUCUAGACGGUGCGGUAUUCUGUUGUGCUUAUGGAACAACUUAUUUGUCACCAAGUGCUGGUGGCUCUUACACUGGUACUAGAUGGUUUAUUGAAAGAUACGCUGACAACCUCUAUGGUAUUGUAAACACAGCUGCAUUCCUUCCAGGUGCUGAUCAAGAAAGGAGAUAUCUAGCCUGUGAUUACUCUACCAACAGAGUGAUCCUUACAUCACGUGACGUUCCAAGAGAUAAAGUCUAUUCAUACAGCAACACCUGGUCUGUAGUCAAACACGGAGACAAUGACUACUCAUUCAAAUGUAGACCGAUUCUCGCUGAAGAUGAUGCCUACUUAGAUGGUGCAGUAUUUCCUGGUACUCCAGGUAAAGUUUACAUCUCUCCAUCAUAUAAUGGUGGUUAUACAGGAACACAUUGGUCUAUUUCUCUUAUUUAA